AUGUCAUCAUCAAUUCAAUUACUUAAUCCUAAGGCAGAAUCAAUAAGACGUGCCCAAGCACUACAAGUUAAUAUUAAUGCCGCCCAAGGCUUGCAACAAGUGUUAGCUUCUAAUUUGGGACCUAAAGGAACAUUAAAGUUGUUAGUUGAUGGAUCUGGCGGAUUGAAAUUAACUAAAGAUGGUAAAGUUUUAUUGACUGAAAUGCAAAUUCAACAUCCAACAGCAGUGAUGAUUGCACGUGCUGCCACUGCACAAGAUGAAAUCACUGGAGAUGGAACAACAACCGUUAUUUUGUUAGUAGGGGAAUUGUUGAAGCAAGCCGAAAGAUUUAUCAGUGAAGGUGUUCACCCACAAGUUAUUGUUGAUGGGUUUGAAAUUGCUCGUGAAACCUCAUUGGAAUUCCUUGAUCUGUUUAAGCAAAAGGUGGAAACGUUUGAUCGUGAAUUUCUUUUACAGAUUGCUCGAUCAUCAUUAGCCACUAAAGUCACCAAUGAAUUGGCUGAUGUUUUGACACCAAUUGUUACUGAUGCAGUAUUGACUGUCAAGGAAGAAUCACAAAGAAAUUUGGAUUUACAUAUGAUUGAAAUUAUGACUAUGCAACAUGGCCAUUCUAAAGAGACGGAAUUAAUUCAAGGUUUAGUUUUGGAUCAUGGGGCUAGACACCCAGAUAUGCCUAGACGAGUUAAGAAUGCUUAUAUUUUGAUUCUCAAUGUGUCUUUGGAGUACGAAAAAACGGAAGUCAACUCUGGGUUUUUCUAUUCCUCUGCCGAACAAAGAGAAAAAUUGGUGGCUUCAGAAAGAAAAUUUGUUGAUGAUAAAUUACGAAAGAUUAUAGAGUUGAAGAAUGAAGUGUGUGAUUUGAACUCUGACAAAGGGUUUGUUAUAAUAAAUCAGAAAGGGAUAGAUCCAAUGUCUUUGGAUGUGUUGGCCAAGAAUGGUAUUUUGGCAUUAAGAAGAGCCAAAAGAAGAAACAUGGAACGUUUGCAAUUGAUUUGUGGUGGAGAAGCACAAAACUCUGUUGAUGAUUUGAGUCCGGAAAUUUUGGGAUAUUCAGGGUUAGUUUAUGAAAAUGCCAUCGGGGAGGACAAGUUUACCUAUGUCACAGAAUGUAAAGAUCCAAGAGCUGCUACAAUUUUGAUCAAAGGUUCUAACAGUCAUGUUUUACAACAAACUAAAGACGCAAUAAGGGAUGGGUUGAGAGCUGUUUCUAAUGUGAUUAAAGAUGCUUCUAUCUUACCAGGUGCUGGUGCAUUUUGGUUAAGUUGCAAUAAUUAUUUAUUACAAAGCGAUGCAAGCAAAAAGAUUUUGAAAGGUAAAAACAAGCCUGGUAUCAAAUCAUUUGCUGAGGCCCUUUUAGUCAUUCCAAAGACUUUAUCUGCAAAUGCUGGUUUGGAUCAAUUGGAAACAAUUUCCAACUGUCAAGAUGAAAUAAUCGAUGGUCACAUUGUUGGGGUUGAUUUAAAGUCGGGAGAACCUAUGGAUCCAACGGUGGAAGGUAUCUGGGAUUCUUUUAGAGUUGUUAGAAAUGCCAUAUCCUCAGCAACAGGUAUAGCUUCGAAUUUGUUGUUAUGUGAUGAGUUAUUGAAGGCUGGUAGAUCGUCAUUGAAGGAAGGUGCUGGAGGUCCACCAGGAGCAGGAGGAGCACCAGGUGGAAUGAUGCCACCAGCAGGAAUGAUGUAA